UUUGCAUGCCUCGAUAAAGAAUAACACGUUUGUCAUGAUUCCCGCUUUAACGUAGAUGUAAAUAUACUAUUUAAUCAAUUCAAGCUAGUUAGCAGUUUUAGACUAGCUUGCUUAUUCAACAAAAAUAAUUUUAUGACAAUUCGUGUCGCACAAAAGCCGUGACACAUUGACGUGGUUAGACUAUUACAGAAAAUGGUGUUAAAUAAUUGAAUGUCAGUUUCGUGCUAAAGAAAACGUAUACCUAAUGCAUGCAGAUGUUUCGUCGUAAUAAAAAUGAUGGAACUGAAUACACAAAACUUCAAUUAUGGGAUACAGAUACAAGGAGUACAAAACAUUCGAAUACGGAAGAAAGCGGGCGGCGCUGCGCGGGGGACGUGAGCGCGGGCGCCGGCGAUAUGUGGAUCAGUGCCGUCGAAAGUUCUAUCCUAAGCUGGGAGGCGGUGGCUGAGCGUUUGCAAGUGGACGUACGGCGUGGCUUAUCAUGGCGGGAGGCGAACGAUCGUAUGAAUUUCGUUGGCCCGAACGAGUUCCAACUGAAGGAGCAGGAACCGCUGUGGAAGAAGUACGUCGAGCAAUUUCAGAACCCGCUCAUUCUGUUAUUGCUUGGUUCCGCAGUCGUGAGUAUAUGUAUGCGACAGUUUGACGAUGCAAUAUCAAUAACUGUGGCCAUCAUGAUCGUGGUGACCGUCGCCUUUGUACAGGAGUAUCGAUCCGAGAAGUCGCUUGAGGAGCUCAACAAACUGGUACCGCCGUCAUGCAACUGUCUCCGAGAAGGCAGCGUGGAACAUUUCCUCGCUCGGAACCUCGUUCCCGGUGACAUUAUACAUCUGAACGUAGGCGACAGGGUGCCCGCAGAUUUGAGACUCUACGAGUCUACUGAUCUGGCGAUAGAUGAGUCCUCCUUCACUGGGGAGACAGAACCGGCUAUUAAGAGUGUAUUGCCGAACAAAGCGACCGCGGGUCGAGUUAAUAAGGAUAAUGUCGCGUUUAUGGGUACUCUAGUCAGAUGUGGAAAUGCUAAGGGUAUAGUAGUGAGCACCGGUGAGCGUUCUGAAUUCGGUGACAUGUUCCGAAUGAUGCAAGCCGAAGAAUCACCUAAGACACCUCUACAGCGAUCCAUGGAUACCCUCGGGACUCAACUAUCUUUAUACUCUUUCUGCAUCAUCGGUUUCAUAAUGGUAGCUGGCUGGCUGCAAGGGAAGGCUAUUCAGGAGAUGUUCACUAUCGGCGUGAGUCUGGCUGUGGCUGCUAUACCAGAAGGAUUACCAAUCGUUGUGACCGUCACAUUGGCGUUGGGAGUGAUGCGUAUGGCGAAGAGAAAUGCCAUAGUGAAGAAGCUACCUACCGUUGAGACGCUCGGCUGUGUCAACGUUAUAUGCAGCGAUAAAACCGGCACAUUAACAAAGAACGAAAUGACGGUCACGACGUUAUCGACGUCGGGCGGGCAUAUCGCGGAGGUGACGGGGACGGGGUAUAACACACGAGGCGAGAUACAGCUCAGAGCUUAUAAGGGCAGGGACCUCGACGUGGCCAGGAUGGGGGUCACCAGCAUGCUUGAGGUGGGUGUGUUAUGCAACAACGCGAUUAUCCGUGACGACGUAUUGUACGGCCAGCCUACAGAGGGCGCUCUACUCGCUUGCGCCAUGAAGAACAACAUGCACGAUUUCAGAGAACAGUACAAUAGGAUCAAUGAGAUUCCUUUCAGUUCAGAGACGAAGAUGAUGGUAGUAAAAUGCGCACCGAAGUACCAAGACAGAAGGUUAAACGAGGAACUAUUCGUAAAAGGGGCUAUAGAGAAGUUACUGCCGCUCUGUACCACCUACAUCGACAGUGCGGGCAACUGCGUACCUAUCACGAAAGAGAAGCAGGCUGACUUCCUGAACGAGGCCUACAACAUCGGAAGGAUGGGGCUGCGCAUAAUCGCGCUGUGCCGCGGCCGCAGCCUGGACGCGCUGACGUACACGGGCGUGUGCGGCGUGUGCGACCCCCCGCGGGAGUCGGCGCGCGACGCCAUCGCCGCGCUGCGCCGCGCGCAGGUGCAGGUCAAGAUGGUGACCGGCGACGCGCGCCCCACCGCGCUCGCCGUCGGUGAGUGGCGCGACACUGGCUCAGGUCGUUCGGUAGGGUGGACCACGCAGGUGCAGGUGCAGGUCAAGAUGGUGACCGGCGACGCGCGCCCCACCGCGCUCGCCGUCGCUCAAAUGGUUGGUCUCGACGUGUUACAUUCAACAUCUCUCUCGGGAGAGCAGUUCGACAGCAUGUCGGACGACGAACUAGACGCCGUCAUUGAUUCGGUAACAGUAUUCUACAGGGUAACGCCAAAACAUAAACUUGCGAUUGUCAAGUCGCUUCAAAGACUUGGCAAUAUUGUUGGAAUGACAGGUGAUGGUGUUAACGAUGGUGUGGCGUUAAAGAGAGCGGAUAUCGGCAUCGCUAUGGGUCGGAACGGUACGGAUGUGUGCAAGGAAGCCGCUGACAUGAUCCUCGUGGAUGAUGACUUCGCUACCAUCAUAUCCGCCAUCGAGGAGGGCAAGUGCAUCUUCUACAACAUCCGCAACUUCGUCUGCUUCCAACUGUCGACGUCCAUCGCCGCGCUGUCGCUGGUAGCGCUGGCCACGCUGCUGGGCGUGCCCAACCCGCUCAACGCGAUGCAGAUACUGUGGAUCAACAUUAUCAUGGACGGCCCGCCGGCGCAGUCGCUGGGCGUGGAGCCCGUGGACCGCUCGGUGCUGCGGCGCCGCCCGCGCGACCCGGCGCGCCGCAUCAUCUCUCGCGCGCUGCUGCUGUCCGUGCUGCUCGCCGCCGCCGUCAUCAUCGCCGGCACGCUCUGGGUCUUCAACCGGGAGAUGUCUGACAACAAGAUAACGCCCCGUGACACGACGAUGACCUUCACCUGUUUCGUCCUGUUCGACAUGUUCAACGCGCUGUCGUGUCGCUCGCAAACGAAGUCGAUCUUUCAAAUCGGUUUCUUUUCCAACAAAAUGUUCUUGAUAGCGGUGACUCUAAGUCUAGUGGGACAGAUGAUGGUCAUCUACUUCCCGCCAUUACAGAGGGUGUUCCAAACUGAAGCGCUCACCGGUCACGAUCUCAUAUUUCUAGUCAGCUUAACAUCGAGCGUUUUUAUCGUAAGCGAAGUCAAGAAACUAAUCGAGCGAACAUUGAAGAAGCGAUCAUUCGGAAAGUUCUCGACGAAGCCACACGACGCCUUGGAUUUCGUAUGACACGAGUCCGAGAGGAAGACGCAGUAGGCGCCAGCGGCGGCCUGUGUCACUGCGGCGGGACACUGGGCGGGCCGGCCCGGGACCCUCUGCCGGGUGACACGAGUGUAGCGGACGUCCGACACUGUGAAGUGGACACCAUUGCGAGUGCGAACGAAGUGAAAGUGUGUUUCUGUGACAAAAUGAGACGCGGUAUAUCCGAAGUGAGCUCGUCGAGCGCGGCCUUCGCGAUAUACGAUGGCAAAAUCGAUAUUCCCUUAUAAUUUAGACCGGCACGUGUCGCAGUAUUCUUGUUUUAAUAGCAAAUUUUUUUUUAUAUACUUUUGUUGUGAAUAGUCUAAGCGGAAUCUUGAAAUGUAACUUUAUUUUUAUUGGUUACGCUUAGGAGUAACCUUGUUAAGUAAAUAUGGCGUUAGCUUUUAGAUUACAAUUUUGUGGGUUAUUAUUUAUUUUGAUUGUGUUUUUUUUAAUUUUAGAUCUAAACUAGAUAAGGUAACGAGACCAGUUCGUAAGAAAUAAAAAAAAAUGCUUCUAAUUUCAAAAUAAUAUCAACUUUUUUUUAAAGAUUCAGUUGUAUUGUGUCAGUUAAAUAAUUAGUACAGAUCUUGAAAAAUAGUGUAAUUAUAUAUUUUUUCUAUAACUUUUACAAAAUUACUUUUUUAUUUUUUGUUUUUUUUUUUUUUUAUAAAGUACAAGAAUUAUUAAUUUCUUUUAUUUUUUCUAUUCCAACCAUAGACACUUUUUAAUAGCAUUUAAAUAUUUAUUGUAUAUAACUCGUGUGUAUUUUUAUCUUAUUGGUUUUAGAAAUAUGGGGGCUUAGGUUUUAUAGAAAGUAGAUGUUAAAAGGAAUUGUUACUUGAUCCAAUUUCAUUCUACACUUGCGAUAUUUCGAUUAAAAUAAAUAUAAAAUUAUAUUAUU